AUGGACGACCUCACGAUGGGCGGUGGCACACCGCCCGAUCGCACGCGCCGCACGCGCCGCAACCGCGUUCGGUUCUCGUGCAGCCACUGCCGCGACAAGAAGCUCAAGUGCAACCGGGUGCUGCCGUGCGACCAGUGUGUGAAGCGGAACCUGGGCCCAAUGUGUCAGUACAUGCCGUACACGGCGUAUGGCGAGAGUGUGGGCGAGAGUGCAGGUGGCCAUGCCGAUGCCCAUACCCGGCGGCCAUCACUGAAACGCAACCACGCCAUGACGGAAAGCCCAUACGAGAUGCAAGCAUACGAGUACGAGACCAGUGCAUCGACGGCGGCAGCAUUAAAGUCGACAGGAGGAACGAGCCGUCGUGGCUCGGUCGACGAGCAGCAGCAGCAGCAACUGUUUCCGUCACCAUUGUAUCCGUCAUCAGGCACUUUCAUUCAGCAUCACCAACAUCAACAGCAACAUCAACAUCGACACGACCAACAUCAACAAGACCGCCGUCGACACCAGCUGAUACCUCGCUCCCAUCCACAACAGCAGCCACGGCCACGUCCACAGCCACAACCACAAACGCCCUUUUUACCACUUCCACCGCCGCUUCUCCACGACACCAGCAGCCAAUCUGUGCCCGAGCGGCUCAAGUACCUCGAACGGCUCGUCCUGUUCUUGAAAGCACGGAACCGAGACCAACAGAGUCCUGCAUCGCUGGGGCCCGCCCAGGCCGUCGACAACAGCGACGGCUCCGAGUACGACGACGACGCCAUGAGCACGGCCGAGAGCUUCGAGAGCAUCGACAGUGCAAGUGCUAGUGCGGCAAGUGCAGGUGUUGCCGGCGUGGCAGACCCCGGCACAAUCAACGUGGCCGAGUUCCGGUACGCCGACCCGUCCAACUGGGACGGCGUGCUGGACGACAUUGUCGGGCUGACGCGGGACCUGGUGCUGGCGGACGACACGACGCUGCUGCAGCAACACCUCCCCGGCGGAUGGGACUUUGGCCUGGGGUCGGUUGGGCAAAUGGCCAUCACCAACAGCAGCAACGACAGCCACCACCACAACAACAACACGCUCGCCUUGUUUGCCGGCUACAGCGGCCUGCCGCCCGGGCCCACCGACAUGCUGCGGUUCUUGCCGCCGCGGCCGGUCGUCGACGUGCUGGUGGACCGCUUCUUUGCGAGUCUCGGCCGGGUGGAAGGCUUCGGCGGCGUCCACACGCUGCGGCUCCUCUUCCACGCCGCCGCGUUCCGGCGCCAGUACGACGCCUUUUGGAGCGACCCGCCGCGGGCGUCCCCGUCGUACCUGGCGCUCUUGUUUCUGGUCCUGGCGCACGCCGCCCUGGCCUUCGUGGGUGGCGACAACGACAGCGACAACGCGUCCGUUCCGGCCAGCACCUCGUCGUCCCCCGCCCGCGCCGUCCUCGGCAGCGACCCGCUGGCCGUGGUGGACGCCUGCCGCCACCGCGCCGCGCAGUGCCUGAUCCUCGGCGACUAUGCGCGGCCCGGGCGGCACAAGAUUGAGGCCCUCGUGCUGUACUAUGGCGUCGAGUACCUGUGGCAGCGGCGGCGCGUGCAGGGCUCGUCCUCCGCAGCCGGGCCCAGCAGUACCGGCAGCGCCGGCAGCGACGCCGCCACGCUCGCCUCGACGGCCAUGGUGCUCGCGCUGGCCGUGCGGCUGGCCAUGCACAUGGGCUACCACCGCGACCCGUCGCACGCGGGCGGCAGGCUGCGUCCCUUUGACGCCGAGAUGCGCCGCCGCGUCUGGCUCGUGCUGGUCAACCUCGACCGCACCGCGAGCGCGGAGCUCCGGCUGCCGAGCAAUGUGCGCCACGGGUGGAGCUCGUCGUCGGCCCGGCCCACCGACAGCGACACCGCCCUGCCGUGCAACCUGCACGACAGCGACCUCUACGAGGACAUGCCGGCGCUGCCCCCGGCACGGCCACCCACCGAACGAACCGGCGUGCUGUACGCCACGGCGCGUGCCACCGUCUUGGCCGUCGUGGCCGACAUUCUCCAGCUGCGGCCGGUGCGGGCGUCGAGUUCGACGUCGACCUUGACUCCCGGCCCCACGGUCGCCUCCAAAGAGAGCGUGUCCGCCGCCGACCCGGCCGUCGCCAACUUGGACCCCCUGCCGACACCGCCCACGUCGGCCAACACGCCCGCCCCCUCCGCCUCCGCCACCACCAGCGCCACCAACAGCGGCUCUGCCUACGACGCCCGCGUCAUGCAGCUCGACCGCCGCCUCACGGCCGCCUACCGCGCCCUGCCCGCGUGCUUGCGACUGCGAGGCGAUCCUGCGACUGCGACGGCCACAGCAGGCGGCACCUCUACCGACCGCGACCCCUUCGACCCCCGCGACCCGCCCGACCUCUGCGUCGAGCGCGUGUUGCUCGAGAUCCUGUACCAGCACGCGCGCCUGGUCCUCCACCGCCGGUUCCAGGGUACCGAGCGGGCGUCGCCGCGGUAUGCCUAUGCGCGGUGGGCGUGCCUCGACGCGGCCGUGCGGCUGCUGCGGCACCAGUACGACGUGUAUGUGGCGGUGCAGGACAAUGGGUCCGGGGCGGGCAAUACAGACAACACAGACAACACGGGCCACCGCUUCGCAGGGCACCGAUCGCUGCUGCUGUCGGACAGCGCCGUGACGCACGCCUUUUUGCUCGCUGACACGGCGCUGUGCCUCGAGGUGGCGUAUGCCUCACGGCAGCCCGCGGGCGUCGACGGCGCGCCUGCGUCCGUGUCGCUGCCGCAGCUGCUGGGCCUGCUGCGCACCUCGCGCAGCAUCUGGGCCGCCCUGCAAGGCACGUCGAGCGAGGCAGCCCGAGCGUACCAUGUGCUGACAAGGGUGCUGGCGGAUGCGGAUGGGGAGGGGGAGGAGGAGGAGGAGGAGGAGGACGACGACGACGACGAGUACGAUUAUGAUUCCAAUGAUGACGGUGAUGUCGAUGACGACGCGGCGGCGGUCAACACGGCGACGACAGCCGUGCCAGGCCAUGCGAGCAUGUCCACCAUGGCCACAUGGACGGCGUCGUCGACAGCGGCCCGCGCCUGGCAGGACGACGCGCCCGCAGUGCCCGCAGCACCGCCAACCACCACCGAGGCCACCGCAGCGGACAGCAGUGGCACGAGUGGCAGCACCACGCCGCGCUAUGGAGAGGCCAGCGCGGUGCAGCGGCAGGACGAAAGGCAAGGGCAACUUGAACAACUGCAACAACAACAACAACAACAGCCACAGCCACAGCCACAGGGCAUCGCUUUCCCGCAGCUGACAUCGCCCACGCAGUUGUGGUCGGGACAGAUGAGCCAGGCAGGACAGGCACAAGCAGGUCAAUCUGGUCAGUCCGGUCAAUCAAGUGGCCUCUUGCCUGUCCUUGUCGACAUGGCUAUGCCCAGCCCCGUCAACUACGGCCUGUCCAUGCAGUCGAGCCUAACGGGUGUGUCUGGCCUGCCUGGCCUCCCUGGACUGACGCCUGGCCUUCUCCCGACCAUGCCUCUCCACUUCCCGACCAGCAGCGCGGACAGCGCCAGUCUGCUCACACCGUUGGACGACAGCGACAGCACGCAGGCCCUUGCCGAUGCUGCUGCUGCGUUUCCGGGCGACUGGAACACCUUGUGGCCCCGACAAGACGGCCAGUAA